UAAGAUUUUCACAAUUUAAUAAUAAAAAAAAAAAAAACUAAAGUUUUCUUUCACGCACAAAGAUAAUUAAAAGAAAGUCUGAAAAUGUCUUAUCAUAAACCCGAAGCUAAAACUAUUCAGGAGUUAAAGGAUAUCGCUCAACUUUUGCGUAUACAUUCGAUAACCUCUACGCAAGCCUCGAAAUCUGGUCAUCCCACAUCAUGUGCGUCCAUUGCAGAGGUGAUGUCUGUAUUGUUCUUCAACACGAUGCGGUUGAAUGUGCAAUCUCCACGUGAUCCAUCGAAUGACCGAUUUGUGCUAUCGAAAGGUCAUGCUGCUCCCAUUUUGUAUGCCGCCUGGGCCGAAGCUGGUCUAUUUCCGGUGGAAGAUUUACAAAAUUUACGUAAACUUGACAGCGAUUUGGAAGGUCAUCCCACACCACGUUUAAAUUUCAUUGAUGUCGGUACUGGUUCUUUGGGUCAAGGCGUGGCAGUAGCUGCUGGUAUGGCAUACGUGGGCAAGAAUUUCGAUAAAUCCGAUUAUAGAACUUAUGUCCUGGUUGGCGAUGGCGAGUCAGCUGAAGGUUCAGUUUGGGAAUCCUUGCAUUUUGCCAGCCAUUACAAGUUAGAUAAUUUAUGUGUUAUUUUCGAUGUUAAUCGUUUGGGUCAAUCGGAACCAACUUCAUUGCAACAUCAAAUGGACGUUUAUCGUCAGCGUUUAGAAGCAUUUGGUUUUAAUGCCAUUGUUGUUGAUGGCCAUGAUGUCGAAGAGCUAUGUAAAGCAUUCUACGAAGCGGCAAACACUAAAAUCAAGCCUACUGCUAUCAUUGCCAAAACCUUUAAAGGUAAAUAUUUUCCAAACAUCGAGGAUAUGGAGAAUUGGCAUGGUAAACCGUUGGGUGACAAGGCGGAAAGCGUGAUUAAACAUUUGCAAGGUCUGAUUGUAAACGUUGAUGGCCAUAAUUUGUCAAUAAAAAGUCCCGUAAAUACUCAGGCGGUACCAAAGAUCAAUAUCACUAAUGUUAAGUUAUCUACGCCGCCAUCUUAUAAGUUAGGUGAUCAAGUAGCAACACGUUUGGCCUAUGGUACGGCCUUGGUAAAAAUAGCCGAAAAUAAUAAUCGAGUUAUUGCCUUAGACGGGGACACGAAAAACUCUACAUUCUCUGAAAAGUUGAAGAAAGCUUUCCCUGAUCGUUAUAUUGAAUGUUUUAUAGCCGAACAAAAUCUGGUUGGCGUUGCGAUUGGUGCGACAUGUCGUGAUCGCACCAUAGCUUUCGCCUCCACAUUUGCGACAUUCUUUACGCGUGCCUUCGAUCAAAUACGAAUGGGAGCCAUUUCACAAACAAAUGUCAAUUUCGUUGGCUCGCAUUGUGGCGUAAGCAUUGGCGAAGAUGGCCCAUCUCAAAUGGGUCUAGAGGAUAUAGCAAUGUUUCGGACCAUACCUCGUAGUACUGUUUUCUAUCCAUCUGAUGCUGUAAGUUGUGAACGAGCCGUUGAAUUGGCUGCCAACGCUAUCGGCAUUUGUUUUAUACGCACAUCACGACCCAAUACGGCCGUUAUAUACGAUAACAAUGAAACUUUCGAGAUCGGAAAAGCUCAUAUUGUAAAACAGUCUUCAAAGGAUCAAGUUUUACUGAUUGGUGCCGGUGUCACUUUAUACGAAUGCCUAAAGGCAGCUACAGAACUAGAAAAGGAGGGCAUUCACGCCCGUGUACUUGAUCCUUUCACUGUCAAACCAAUAGAUCGUGAUCUAAUUUUGAAAAGCGGUCAGACAUGUGGUGGCCGCAUCGUUGUUGUAGAAGAUCAUUAUCAGCAAGGUGGCCUCGGCGAAGCUGUACUUAGUGCUUUGGCCGAUAAACGUGACUUUGUUGUUAAACACCUGUAUGUACCCACCGUACCACGCUCAGGACCACCCACCGUUCUUUUGGAUUAUUUUCGCAUCUCCGCCCGGCACAUUGUCAAGGCCGCACAAGACAUCCUUAAGCUUUAAUUUACUCUUUUCCUAUCAUUUACUAAUUUGUUGAAACGUUUGUAACUUUUUUAAGUGAAAAUACGACUACAACUACAGUA